AUGGGGUGUCCGUACCAGGUCUUGUUGCUGGUGUUGGGUGCGACGUGGCCACUGCUGGAUGCGGCGAUCGAUCCACCAUUUGCGCUCCUCUGGGCCACCAGCGUCGACACUGCCGAUCAAACGCCGGCCUUUCCCUGUACCGCACCAGGCGCAGUCUCCCUGACGUUUGUGCCCUCCAACGCCAGCCUAAAAAUUGCUGCAGCCCCAAGCUCCGAGGCGGGCUGCAUCGUACAGGGGCUGGCCACCGUCUUUGCCUGCGGAUCCGCCUGCUCCGGCCAGUCCCUCGCAGACAUCGUCGUUUUCAAUGGCACCCAACACCUUCGCUUUCAGGUCGUUCGUGAAGCGCGUCCCGUGCGCCAUCUUGGAGGACAGGUCCUCCUCAGCCAAGGUCCUGGCCCCUCAAAUUCCUUCCUCUAUGAUGCGUGGACCCCCCUCGCCUGCCCACUCGCUCUACCCGAAGCUCCGCGGCCGAGCCUGAGCCCCAAAGCAGACCCAUGUGGCUACGAAAGCCGACCCUACCCCGGCCGUACCUGGAGUUUCUUUCGCAGCCCGCUGCAUCUUAACACAACCUGGGUCACACUGACUGCCCCCGUGCUCCUCGGCUGGGUUGCUGCCAACGCCUCGUCCAUGGCCCAACUGGGCUGGCAGCCUCCCGCGCACUAUCUCGAGCCGACGCCUCGCCCUCAAGGCCCAGAUUAUCCUGGAAUUACGCCAAUCGCCGGCGACGAUGGUCGGCCGCUUGUAGCUUUGCUCAUUAACGGGACCACUCUUGCCGUCGUGAGCCGACGCUUUCGUUCUGGCCCUCUCGUCUCCUGGCAGUCGACCUCCUUGGAUGCGCCCUGCACAGGCUCGCUUCACGCCACUGUCUACGCCGGACCCUUCAACAUUCAAGCCAAUGUGACAUGUGGGUCCACAGGGCAAUUAUUCCUACUCAACAGCACCCAUCAGCUUGAUUUUCACGAUCGCGAUGGCUACGGCAUUGGCAUUGGCGAGAGCAAUCUGCUGUUCCUUGGAGCCUCAACCAGCUUGUCGACUUUGAAGAGCCUAAUCGUGACCUCUGCGCUGCCGGAUAAAACGGCGCCCGGCGUGCUCGCCCCCAUUUCCGAUCAGAUUGGCACGCUGGCCUGGGACCUGGGUGAGUUAGGUGCCUACCACAAUCAAGCCCUCGGAGCUCGUGCAAGCGAGGGAGUGCUCAAUGUGACGGAUCAUCCCUUUUGUGUCGAUCACACGGGCCAGUCUGACAUGACAGCCCGCCUUCAGGCAGCGCUUGACUUUGCCCGCCACAAUUAUCUCACCGUCCUUCUGCCCGUCGGCGUGUACAAGGCUGAUUCUCCUUAUUUUUGGCACGUUUGCCAUUUCUUGGCUCAAUACGGCCUAUGCCUGCAGGUCACAUCCCAGCUGAAGGCCCUUCAGUAUCCUCGGAUGGCAGUGGGGGGUGACGUGUGCUUCAACAGUUCCUCCAACUAUUGCUGGAGCCGGUUCAGCACUUUCAAGAUCCAGGGCGAGGUGCUGGCCUCGGACGCGCAUGCCGUUGAUUUCCUCUACAACCACCUUCCGCGACCGGGUCGAGCCACGCUAUGGUUGCCAGCAAACCAAAGUGCAUUUCAGGCGCCUGGACUGGCCUCGGCCUUGCUCAAUGUUUCCAACGUCAACUGCAAUGGACACUUGCAGCCCAACAUUCUUAUGAGUGCGGUCGUCCAGUCCCUUGACAUCAUCAUUGACAGUCACAACCCAGCAGCGAUGGGUGUUCGUUUACGUGGUGCGCAGGGUAGCAGUAUGGAGGACAUUAUGGUGCGCGCAGCAUCCGAUGCUUAUGCUGGCUUGUCGGGUGGCAGUGGCUCGGGUGGAGCGCAUUCCAACCUCACAGUCGUUGGGGCUCAAUUCGGGCUCGAUGCGAUUUUGACCCAGCCCUCUGCCACUCUCAGCAAUGUACGGCUCUACAACAGCACCUGCGCUGGUCUCCUCCAUGCCGGUGUUGGCCCCCUUUCCAUCGCAGGCUUGUACACGCGCAUGCGCCCCGGUAUUCCAGGUGUGGUCUCGAGCCGUGCCAGCAUCUUCAAGGCUUUUCCCGCUGGCUGUGUCCUGCGCUCUUUCGUUGCCGGUCAACCAACCAACCCCGCCUUGGCUGGCGCGCUGUCUAUCCGCGAUGGAUUCUUUGAUAUGGAAGAGAGGUCCAAUGUCUGCACCGCCAAGGCUCAAGCCAACUCGGCCUCGUUUGCGCCGGCCCUGACGACUGACUCUGGCCUCUAUCUUGAAAAUGUUGUCGUCCACAGCACGUUUGCGCCAGCUUUGGCCAUCUACGAUCCACACCAAGUGCCCUUGCACAACGUAUCGUUGCCUGUUGGUGCAGGGCAGCCAGCCACGCUCAUCCGCCAACUGGCCAUCAAUCCCGGUAAUCUGUCCUAUACAUGCGGGCCCUCGAUUGCCGCCCUCCUCAAUGGCACUUUUAUGGAUCAUGUGGUGCCCCUGCAGCACGUCGAGCCAUUGGGUGCACUGCCAACACUCAACUCCUUGUUGGAUCAGCACGGCUGGGGCGAUAACGCGCGCUAUCCCGGCCCCUUUGUUGGUCAAACGGUCAUUAAUGUGCUGCGGCCGCCCUACGUGGCCCCGAAUGAUGGUACAGCUGACGCCAGCGCCGCCAUUCAAGCCGCAAUAGACGACGCUGCAGCCAUGUACCGUACCCCCACUAUGCCGGUGAAACAAGUCGUGACCGUCUUUGUGCCCCGCGGCGUGUAUCGCAUCUCUCAAUCACUCCGCAUUCCCAACGGGGUGGCCCUCGUCGGGCUGGCACGUCACCUUACGUUGUUGGUGGCUGAUGUCUCCGUGAGCGGACCGCAAUAUCCCAACGCGUCGGACAUUCAGAACCCAGACGACCCACAGGCCGCGACCCCUGUGGUGCUUUUUGAGUUGGGCGCUGCUCGAGGAGGGGGCAAUUCAACCAGCUCGGCCAUCAUCAUUGGUGCAUGGAGUGCCAUGACUGUCACGGUGCCCCUCAACAACAGUCGCACCAGCCACUGGGUCAUUCAUUCCCCGCGCGGUGCACCUGAGAUGGGCCACCUGGACUCUUCCUACUUUUCGUUGCGACAGACUUGGCAAACGCGCAUUGCCGUGUGCGGCUCAUGGUUUUUUAAUCCACGAUGUGCGGCGCGCUUCUUUGAAAGGCCGAACGCGCCCUGGAGCCAGGGGCUGGCUUACGGGCCCAAUCCUGAGGUUCGACACCACGUUUUCUUCCAGGAGGAUGGCGCACGCAACGGCGGCGGCGCUAACGUUUCGGCAGGGCGGAAACUGACCGUCCUGGGCGCUGUAGCCCCGUUCAAGGUGUAUCAGCUGAAUGGCGAACACGGGAGUUAUGGCGCAUAUACUGAGUUCCGCGAUUCGCAGGAUGUCCUGGUGGUGGGUUGCAAGAGCGAGCAGGCGGGUGCUGGUCCUGUCAUAUGGGUCCGCAACGUCUCCAACUUUGUGUCCUACGGAACAGGAGGCUUGGCCGAGCCCCCGUCAUACCUCGACCACUACCCGAUUGGCUUUCCGCAGCUACCGCCGGCCUUGUACCGGGUCUCGGGCCCUGGUCACGCACGCUUUGCCAACUUUAAUCCUCAGUUCUGGAACUGCAGCUUGGCUUGGUCAACGUUAUACGAUGAUGCUCUGGGGCAGCUGGGUGAAGGUCCCGUGGGCCAGGUCCCACCUGGUCAUUUUCCUGUGUUGUAUGAGCGCAAGGCUUGA